UUUCAAAUCGCCAUUUUGUACACAAAAUCGGUUGUCAAACUUGAAUAUCACCACAACUUCAGCACCAUGCCAACAAAACUACCAUUCCGUGUUAUCCAUGUUUCUGGCCAAGAUGAACAUUUCAAAGCUGUAGAAUUGAAUACUCACAGUCCUCUUACAAAAGGCUGGCAGUCUGCAAGAUUUUGCCUUUACCCACAAGACAUAGUAGUGAAACUUGACUUCAGAAGCAGGCUGCGCAAGGUGCAACUUCUAUCCCAUCAAUUUUUGGUAGCCACCAAGGUAGAGUUCUAUGUUGGAGACGUGCCUGAUGGGACACCACCUACUUUGCAGCAUGCCAGAUACACAAGACUAGGCUAUAUUGAAUUGUCCAGCAAUGAAAAAACUGGCUUUAAAGCUCGGGAACUGAAGUCUGUCCAUGUAGAUGCAGUAGGUCUCUUCCUGAAGCUGGUCAUCCACAAAAACCACGUCAACAAGCACAACCUCUACAACCAGGUGGGACUAGUGGCUAUUAAUGUGAUCGGAGACGCAGUCGUCAACCCUAGUGACCCCGAUGACCUUCCUAACCUGUCUGACCCCAGGACUGGGAAUGACCCUGCUCUGGCUGGGAUACUCAACAAACCUGACUACAUCUCUCCACUGGAUGACCUGGCCUUUGACAUGUACCAAGACAAGGAAAUUGCUGUCAUUAUAAGGAAGCUGGAAAAGAAAAAACAAGAGGCCGUAUUACAAGAAAGAUUUGACUAUGCUAAGAGGUUAAAAGGUGCUAUAACAGAACUUCAGAAGGUUGGUGAGAAGUUGGGACGCUAUGAGAUUGAGAAGAGACAAGCUGUAGAGAAUGAAGACUAUGACAAAGCAAAGGAAAAGAAACUCCAAAUGGACGAGUACAGAAUCAACAUUUACAGAGACAUGGGCAUUCAGCAGCUACUAGCAGACAAUGUGCCAAAGGAGCAUGCCCCUCCCUAUGUGGAUUUGGAGCCAACUAGGCAAGCUUCUCCCCCUAAGCUCCCAGAGCUGACCCACACUCCUCAACCCCCUCCAGUGGCAGACACAUACGCAUCCCCCACCCCAAAAUUGGCCUAUGAUGAGAGACCACUACCUGCACUAAAAGCAGGUGGAGGGAACCCAGGAGCUGAUGAAGAUGUUUCCCCUAGAGAAGUUGCCAGGACUCCAUAUGAUAAUCGUGCUCUACCUGCUCAGUCAAGCAAACCCUCAGAGCCAGCUUAUGAAGAUGAACCAUCUCCUAGAACUGAUCAAGAUGAUACUGCUGCCCCAAGCUCAAUGAGUGAAAAGGAUCAGAGAGAAGCAUCAUUGCCAAUAGAUGUGUUUGGACUUGAUCUGGUGUCUAAAUUAUAUAUGAAAGCAUUUGUCCCUAAAGAAGAAGGUUUCAAGGAAUUGCUCAGUCAAGUGACGUCUUCCAGUGGGGACGCAACACAGACCCUACGUGCUGCCACCUAUUUGGUCAUCCGAGGGCUCAAAGAUAACGUAUAUGGGAUUUUCAAAGCAGCAUUAAAAGUUCUGGAAUAUCUAAUGAAUGACUUUGUGAAAGAUCACAGUAUGUCUAGGAGUGACAUCAAUGAGAGUAUGCACAAGACGCUCCCAGUGAUGCUCCAGAGGUCAGGUGACACGUCAGUGCGAAUAAGGAAUGAUGCAAAGGAAUACAUUCUGGACUGUGCAAUGUACUCAGAAAUAAAGCCAACCCAUCUUGUACCACAUGAAUGCGUAAAACCAUUCAAGACCAAUAUUGCGCCAAGACUGUCACAAAGCCGAACAGAAAUCAUUGAAUCUCUCUACAAACAACUGGGAAUCGACAACAACUCAGGUCUAUCCCUUGAUAACAUGAUGCACUUUCUACUGAGGUGUCUUGAACACACAGAUGCUGGAACACGAAAUAUUGCAGAACGAAUCAUAAUUCAACUGUACAAAGACAAAAAAGAUGUAAAGAAACACUUGCCUCCAGAUGACGACAAAACUCGGAAGAACACCCUCUAUAGGCAGCUGUUUGAAGCUUUUGAUACUAUAGAUGGGAAACCAUCAAGAUCUGAAAUGAAGAAAAAGAAGGCUGAAGAGGAAGCAAAGAAGAAAGAAGAAAUUAAUGCACUUAAGAACCAAUUACAGCAACUGAAGGAGCUCCAAAAACAGACUGAGGGUGCUCCAGAGUCCACUCCAGUUGCAGAUAAAUCAAAACAGAAUAAUAAACCUAAGGCAAAGAAUACUCCACGUGGUAAACAAGAGAAACAAGAUAAAGGUGCUAUAAAGAAACCAGAGAUUGAAGAUGAUCUCUCAGCCAUAGACAUAGACAACACUUGUGUGUUCUGUGGUGAGAAGAAUGAGGCAUUCUCAGACAAGGGUCUUGAUGUCCAUUAUUGGAAGGUAUGCCCAAUGCUGAAAAGAUGUGCCAACUGCAAGCAGGUGGUGGAGAUUGCUGGCCUGUCUGACCAUUAUCUCUCAGAGUGUGAGGCCAAGGAUAACUAUGGCAAGUGUCCACGUUGUAGUGAAGCCUUCCCUACUGCUGAGGUAGAUGCUCAUAUCAAGGCAAAAUCAUGUCCACCAUCAGAGAAUGGCAAGAACCACUGCCCAUUGUGUCAUCUGAACUUCCCACCUGGAGAGGAGAGCUGGAAGUCUCAUUUGAUGAGCAAGGAUGGCUGCAAACAGAACCCACGCAGACUGCCAGCUUUGAAUAAUAAAGGGAAACCUGCAGCAAAAGGGAAGAAAAAAUAAGUGAUUAUUUUAGUGAUGUAGAAGGAUCUCAAACAAUCCAUAUUCAUGCAGAAUAUGAGGAACAUUGUAUAUAGAAUAUUGUAUAUACAUCUAUUGUACAUAAUUUCAUUUUAAGUGAUCAUACUAGUGAAUAGUAUUGUACAUAAACAUUCCAUUAUCAAACCUGUGACAUGAACAGUACAUUUAUGAACAUUAUAUACAUGAACAGUACAUUUAU